CCAAAAAAAUCUAACGCUUCCGGGACGGAUCGGGUAGCGACAGGUCAUAUUCAUUCGCUGUAAACAUGGCUACAAUGCCUUUAAAUUCUUUAAGACAGUUAGUGAAAGCGAUGUUAGAUACCCCGGGCUUCGAUAGAGUUCUUAGUAAGGUCGGUGUAUACUUUGCUAUGUUUUACGAAAUAGAAUUACACGCUAUUCUUCAGCUCAGUCACCACCUUUAAAAGCAACGAGGUGACUGUAAAUGCUGCACUGUUUUCAAGGUUUGUCAUGUUUAUCCUUCAGGUGAACAUUCUGUCUGCCAGCCCAGGUAAGGUCGUAUGUGAAAUGCGGGUAGAAGAGGAGCACACUAACAGGGGAGGGACGCUGCAUGGCGGAAUGACAGCGACCCUGGUCGAUGUGAUCUCCACGGUGGCGAUCAUGAACAGUGAAAGAGGAGCUCCUGGAGUCAGUGUUGAUAUGAACAUAACGUGAGCCAAAUACUGAUCUCACCUUCAAAAAGCUCAAAUGUAUUUACCAAUUAAUAUUUGUCCUUCAGAGUGUGAACCAUGUGGCUUAAAGAUUAACUUCUAUAACUCCUUGUGACUGUAAACAAACGUCAAUGUCUUACAGAUACAUGAGCGCUGCCAAGAUGGGAGAGGACGUCCUGAUCACAGCUCAGGUCCUUAAACAAGGACGAACGCUGGCGUUUGCGUCUGUGGAUUUUACCAGCAAAGCCACAGGGAAGAUGAUUGCACAAGGGAGACACACGAAACACCUCGGCGGGAGCUAAACUGCCACCUUUCAGUGCCUAUCAACAAAUCACAUAUCAUGGUUGUAUACUGUAAAAACAAUGGACUGAAAGUGAGGUUUUACACUAACUCCUACCUGUAAAUACUUGGUUUAACUCCUGAAUAUGAACAAAAAAUGUGGUACACAGUGCUAAAGCUUUUUAUGACUGGUUACUUCAAGUUACCACUGAUACAAAUGGGCAACAUCGUCUAACUACCGUUUCAUUGAUUGUGUUUCAUGCAUACGCAAUAAAACAAAUGGACAAGAAUGAUGCUUUCAGAAUUUGCACUGUAUUGGGAUAUGCUCAGCAGUAUUGAUUUGAGAAUCAACAGAAAAAACCCAGAAGUAACACCUUUAACCCUUUGAACUGAACACACUGAAUCAACAAGGAGCAAAACUAAAUGUACCUUAAUUGACAAAAAGCCAGCAAAAAUCCAAUUUUUAAUUUAUGAGCAUGGCAGCAAAUUAUCUUCAUUUUUAGUAGGUCAAAUUAAAGAAAAAUCAGUUAGCUUACAGCAACUUUGGUUAGGUUUGUUAAACAUUAAGUAUGUCACCAUUUCAGCUUCUCACCAACCCACAUCCCGAACAAAACAAAACAUUAAACAUCAGAUUUCAGUAGCUUAAAUGAAUGGUGCAUGAGCGGCUUGAACAGUGACCAUGACCUUCAACAUCUAGCCAACAUGUCUUAACUUUGUGCACAAUGCCUUUCAAGUCACUCAAGAUUUUAGCAAAGGCCUGCCUAGCAUGUCUCAGAGGAAAGCAAAUGACACCAAAACAUUUUUUAAAAGUCCAGCAAAAAAACUAAGGCGGUUUAUAAGAAGCCAUACCUACACCAUAUGAUUUGACAAAUAUUGUUCAUCUUGUUUUCUUUGCUUACACAGGUGUUUUAACGCCUAUUCACACCUGUCCUUGGUCAAAAGAUUGUGUAAAGUUGUUCUAGAAACUCCAUUGACAUUACAAACAAGCUUUAACAAUCCUCUCUUAUGACAACAAGGAUAUAAAAUCACGUCCAUCUGAGAACCACCGUGAAGACCUGUGUGUUGUUUGUUCCUGUUUUGAUGCAACAUAAAGAGUUCCUUCAAUGACCGGUGCUGUUGACAGUGCGGCUCCAAGAGAACAACCAACCACUCAAAAUCAAUGUUCGUGCAGGUUCAAAUAAAAAAUAAAACGGAUGAGUGAGUAGGAGGGAAUGAAGAGGGGGUAAAAUGAAAAAAUGGGGGAACCAAUCCAAAAAAUGGCAGAGAGAAGAGGAGGAACAUUGGGAGCGUGAGGGGGAAAAAAACAAGGAGGGGAACUGAAUCAGCUGCAGGUCAAGGAGGGGAGAACAAGUAGGUAACAAAAGAAGGAGAGAUCCAAGCACAAGUUCAAAUCUUUUAAAAAGGAAACAGGUGAAGAUGAGUACAUCUAUUUGCUUCUGAAGGCUUCGGCAGGAGGGAGGGGAAGGGCUUUCUCUAUGUGGCUGGGUGACGCAGGGAGCCCUAAUCAGGCAUGUAUGGGCGGAGGUGAUCCUCGAUGUCUCCCACACCCCAGCAGGUCAGCUGGUCCUGGGGCAAGUACAGGCAGAGGCUGCACAACUUGAAAACUGUGGCCUUGGUUUUAGGAGUCUGUGAG